CUCCUCAGCACCACCCUGCACGAAAGGAGAGCAGCCUGUGGAGAAAUAGCGCGUGUUGAGAGGAGUUUACGGUGUAUAAAGAUACAUUAAAUAGAGAUAACCGUGCCUUCUUUACACCGUUUGGAUACCCGUGUUUUCGCUGGAUGGACGCGGGGAAUCGCGUGCGAGGUCGCGCGCCGGGGGCUUCAAUUUCUAGCGGUUUGCUGGUCUAAACUUUGUGGAAAUAUGUAAGUGAGCUGGGGGGGGGGGGGGCAAAUGCGACUGAAACAUGGAGCAGGCGGCUACUCUGGACAUAGAGACGCUUAAGAUUACCCAGGAGCGGUUCAUCCUCGCCUCCCAGUCCCUGCAUCUCCAGCGACCGGACGCCGCCGCCGCGGACCCGGCGGGGCUGCGCGGCUGGAGAAAGAGGUGCCUCUAUUUCUUUCUGCUGCUGCUCCUGGUCACCAUGAUCGUCAACCUGGCCCUCACCGUCUGGAUCGUAAAGGUCAUGAAUUUCUCGGCGGACGGGAUGGGAAACCUCGAGUUGAAGCAGGACGGGAUUCGCCUCCAGGGAAUCUCUGAGUUUCUUCUGCCCCUCUAUGUGAACGAGAUCCAGUCCAGAAGGGAUAGCUUGUUGGUCCUGAGGUCGGAGAAGAACGUAACGCUGAACGCCAGAAACGACCAGGGUCAGCUGACCGGUCAGCUGUCAGUGGGGCCCGAGGCCGUGGAGGCCCAGUGCCAGAGGCUAGAGGUUCGGAGUCAAGACGGGGGCCAACUGCUGUUCACUGCCGACGAGGAGGAGGUCACCAUGACGACCGAAAAGUUCACUGUCACAGGAUCGGAAGGCGCCGUGUUUGGACAUUCAGUGGAAACUCCGCUGGUCCAGGCGAGGGCCACUGAAGACCUGAAGCUGGAGUCGCCGACGCGGACCUUGACCAUGGAGGCUCCCCGCGGGGUGGAGGUGAGGGCUGCAGAGGGCCCGCUGAAGGUCAGCGGGCGAAAGGAUCUCCAGCUGGAGUCCACGGAGGGAGAGAUACUUUUGGACGCCAAGACCAUUCAGCUGGCCGGUCUCCCGCUCGGCGUCUACACGGGGUCACCUGACCGGGCCUCCCGGCGCCCGCCCGUGUACGAGGUGUGCGUCUGCCCCAGCGGCAAGAUCUACCUGUCGCCCGCAGAGAGCAGCUCCACCUGCCAGGCCAUGAGCAACAUCUGCCUGUGGAGCUGACCUGGGAACGGUGUCGUUGAGAGGGGACCAAAUCCGACGUCCGCCCCCGGAGCCGCUGAGGGCGUCCAGUGGAGACGCGGCUCGGACUUCCCGCCGUGCGCGAGGUCGGGUCCGUGUUCCGAUUUGGGGCCUUUCGGACCCGGUCAGGGCGACCGACGGGCAGUCGGAGCAGUUCUCUGAAAUCAGGAAUAUCACUCAAGGCCAGAAACAUCUCCCGCUGCCUUGUGUCGGAGUCCAGAGGACACGCCCUUUAUUUUUCUACUUGGUUGUGGACACGCUGUGACUCUGUGUUUUGUAAGAUUCAGGAGGAAAUAAAACGCAGAUGCCUUCAGCUUGGAAGGAACUGUUGUGAUAACUGGAACCCGUCUGUGUAAUCUUAGAUUUAGUUCAAGUUUGUUUGAGAAAGAAAAGCAAGCACAAUUCUUUUCUUCCCAAACGAUCAAUUCAUUAACAUUUUAGGAUUGUUUUUCUUAAAUAAGUUAAGUAGGUGUUUGUUUUUCUCCUGUUUGCGGCGUAUCCAUUUGCAAUUAAACCUGUUUUUAAGUGGCACAUAUUGUAUUAAUUAGUGCUGUACUACCUUUUACAAUAAGAGAGAAUAAGGUGACAAAAGGUCCAGUUAGAAGCUGAAUAUCGACUGACCCUCAUCAGCGGAUGAAGUUUGCCCCGUUGAAUUCUGGGUGUUAAAAACCGACUGUUCUGCUCUGACAGAAAAAGCUACUCACUACACCUAACGGUGGGCGUUUUUUUAAAGUUUAAGUUUCAUUCAACUUUCCAAAAUGAAACACAAUUUGCUGACCUUGGCGCCGCGGCUGAGAGCGAGCGAGCAAGCCGUGUGUUCGGCAGGUCCCGCCGGGACGACGGCGCCGCGUCGUCAUCAUCGCCCUGCGGCACAGACGGGCUCGUUUGGUAAGAGCAACGAUGGCACUCAUAACAACAGCUUAAAAUGCCCUCGUUUUUAAAUGCUUUUAAAUCGCACUAUGACAGACUGGUACACACAACAACCCUCUACAUGGGAAAAGCAACAAUUAAGACGGUUCAUGAAUUCACCUCAUUUGCACAAAUUGCACGGCGCCACAUAUGUCCCCAAGAAUAAAAAAAAAAAAUCAAAUUCAUUGUAGGAUUGCAAUUGAAUCAAGCGUAUAAAGUCAUUUAGUCCAAUGUCUGUCGAUGAUGGUUUCAUUUAAUAAACAAGGGGCCCCACCAAGCUGCUAUGGUUACCGCGAAUGACCACGU